AAGCGGCGUAAGCACUAGAAUCCCUGUAAUGCCGGCUCGUCUACAAAAUAUUUUAAGCUGUUUGGAAGAUUGCAACAAUAACUUGAAAUAUAGUCCAAUAUAUCCAGGAAGGUUGUGAUUCUGUUAUUAAAAAAAUAUUAAAUUAUUGAAUUAUGUAAAUAUUGAUUUCAAAGUAAUUAAUCUUCAGUAUGACUAUUCUUACCGAGAACAUAGUGUUAUCUCGAACAAGAGCUCAAGAUUUAAACAGUGUGCGGAAAUUAAAUUGUUGUCUAAAGCAUCCAGUUCUGUCUGAAUCCAGUCAAUUAUGCCAGCAAUGUAACAAAUAUUGCAGUGUCAAUAACAUUAUAACGUUAAUAGAUUUUGCAUAUUGCCGGAAUCUGCAGGAAUUAUAUUUACGGAAAAAUAAAAUUGAAGAUCUAAAUGAAGUGUGUUAUCUUCAAGUAUUACCUAGACUUCACAGCUUGUGGCUUGCUGAAAAUCCGUGUGCAGAAACAGAAUCUUAUCGUUUGACAGUUCUUCGAGCUCUACCACAUCUGCAAAAAUUAGAUAAUAUUAUGGUUCAGCCAGAUGAGGUAGAGAGAGCUAGAAUUCAUGGUUCUUUAUUGAUUCCUCCUCGAAUUCUAAGUGAAGAAAUAUCACCUGAAAGUUCUCAUUGCUCACCAAUUCAGGAUCAGAAAUCACAAGAUUUACAAGAUUCUUAUGUACAAAAUUUAGCUGAUAAUUUUCAAGAAUGUUCAUUGCCAACAGUUCUAAGGCAAGAAUCACCACAUGACAGUGGAAUAGGUGAUUUCUCAAAUAGAUUUGGAAAAGAAAUUUUAAAUGAUUUGGAAACAAGAGCAGAAAUGAAUAAUUCCAUUAAAUCUCAUCAUCAGGAACAACGUCCUCGUUCAAUUACUUUGUUUGAAGAUGAAGAACGACCUAAUUCUUCCAUGACGGCAUCCUUCAGUAGCCAAGGAAGCACCACACCAUUAUUUUCUACACCCCAAUCUCACCAGCCUCAUCAACAUGUAUUUCAUGCUCGUGUUCAAACUCUUGUUGAUCAUUCUGGUAGACGUGGUCGGAAAAAUGCAGAUAUCAAUUGUGAAACUAUAGGAUGUGAUUCUAUUCUAGAAGAUCAAUCUGGAGUGAGCACUCGCAGAUCUUCUAUGAGUGAUUCACAGUCAUCUGUCUUAGAUUUUCAUCAUCCAUGCUUUCCUGAUCCUGAUGGUGCAGCUUCCAGUGGUGAUGGUUAUGGCUUAUUAAUGGAAAACCAAAGAAUAAUACAAAAUGAAAUGCAUUAUAACGUUGAGAGUAAAAAUGCUCAACAAAAAUCUGGUUCUCCUGGUAGAUUAUUACCAAAAGGAGGAAAAAACAGGAAUUCUAACAUCUUAUCUGCUGUACUGUGUUUGAUUAAAGAAUUGGAUUAUGCUAGUCUAGAAGUAGUAGAAACUGCAAUACACUGCAGAAUGGAAGAAAUGGACGACUGAAAAUGUGAAUUCAUCUUCCUGCUGUAUUAGUUCUUUUAUUUAGAGAAUUUCAUUAUUGUAUAUAUCAUAAUAAAAAUACAUUGAUCAUGAGCCAAAAUGCAGAAAGUAUUUAAAUUGUCUGGAAAGAAAAUAAUUUUAAAUUAAAAUAAUAAAAGUAUUUUUAUAACUAUACUUUUGUUUCUUUUGAAUCAUUCGUCCAAACUGAUCCUAUAAAUUACUGUUUUUGACUAAUGAUCAAUGUAUUCAAAAUUUGCUCCAAAUAUGAGUGUAAUCUAGUCAUAAUGCAAAAAGUGUCAUUUUUUGACUCUACUUAAAUUUCUGUCCAAGAAUCUUUAUUUUUUACAAAAAAUAU